AUGUCUGAACCUCCACCCGUACGGGCCUCUCACCCUCUAUGGGCCAAAUCCAUGAUGGUCCCGCGAGCCGACCCACACACCACAUUGCCUAGCAGCAAAACUGCCGCAGGCUUCGGUGCUGGGCUCUUCCCUCUUCACUCGCCGUUACCAAGGGAAUCCUGGUUAGUUUCUUUUCCUCCGCUUAUUGAUAUGCUUAAGUUCAGCGGGUACUCGCGACUGAUCUGA